AUGGAUGAAAUGUGCCAAUACAUUAGCAAUUUGAAGUUGGCUGAUGUUCCAGUAACUCAGUUCCCUAGAAAAACAGGUUUUCUAGGAUUUCUGAUAAGCGUCACUAGUUUGAGGCAAUAUUAUUCAAAAUUUGUUGAAAAAUCACAAUUAGAAGGCAAAGAGGUAGACUCGGAACAAUUAAACUUUAUAUUAUACUAG